AUGGCAGACUCCAUUGGUGAUUUGGAUCGCGAGGUCAAAGACCUCGUCGCCCGUCUCACAGUCGACGAGAAAAUCAGCCUAUUGGCGGGCAAAAAUACGUGGGAGACAAUGCCAAUAGAGAGGUUGGACAUACCGUCCCUCAAAGUAUCUGACGGUCCAAAUGGUGCGAGGGGAGCUGACUUCUUUGAUGGAAUGACUGCCGCUUGCUUUCCUGCAUGCGUGUCUCUUGCCGCAACUUUUGAUCGAGACCUAUCAAGGCGCAUAGGUCAGGCCCUGGGUCAGGAAGCUCAAACAAAAGGCGCAUACGUCGUUCUUGGACCGACAGUGUGUACCCAUCGAUCUCCCCUGGGAGGUCGUAACUUUGAAGCUUUCUCUGAAGAUCCUCUUCUCUCGGGUCUCAUGGCGGCCGAGUAUGUCAAAGGGUUACAGAGCGAAAGGGUGGGGGCUACCGUCAAGCAUUUCCUUGCCAAUGAGCAAGACACCCGCCGCUUCACUGUCAAUGAGAUAAUCUCAGAACGAGCUUUGCGUGAGAUCUACUUGCGUGCAUUUGAGAUCGUUCUGAAGAAAUCGGAUCCCUGGUGCUUCAUGUCGAGCUAUCCCAAGGUCAACGGACGGCAUGUUGACGCACAACCACUAUUUCUCCAAACCAUUCUCAGAGAAGAAUGGGGCUACGAUGGGCUCCUGAUGAGCGAUUGGGGAGCAGUAUCCAACGCCGUGGAGAGUGUGAAAUUUGGGCUUGGCCUUGAGAUGCCCGGACCUCCAAGUCACCGCAUUCCCGAAGCAGUGAAAAAGGCUGUACUUUCAGGACUCAUCUCUGCUGAAGAAUUGGACAGAUGCGCUGCUACUUUUGUCAAGCUACUGAAGCGUACUGGUAAGCUGGAUGACCGACGCAAGACUCCUCCUGAAAAGUCAAUCGAUCUUCCUGAACAUCGGCAUCUCAUACGAGAGGCUGGGGCAGACGGCAUCGUACUCUUGAAAAAUCACCAGAACAUCCUUCCCAUCGACCCUCGAAAGUUCAAAAAACUCGCAUUGCUCGGGCCAUUGGCCAAUUAUGCAGCUGCCUACGGCGGCGGCAGCGCAUCGCUCAACUGCCAUUACAAAAUUUCGCCAUACGAUGCCUUUGAAAACAGGCUUGGCGAUCAAGUCGAGCUCAGCUACUCCAAGGGGGCACAUAUAUUUCGGGUGUAUCCUGAUUUGAUUGACGGAUCAAGGAACCGGGAGGGAAACCAGGGCUUCACGGCUGACUUCUACGAUAAUUUAGAGCUGGGCGGCGAGCCAGUAUGGACAGAGCACUACGCCCGUGGCUUCUUUACAUCAAUGAUGAACGACAGCCUCAAGGAAAAGCCACUAUCUGCUCGCUUUGCCACCUCAUACACGCCACCAGUUUCCGGGAAGCAUUAUCUCAGCUUCUCUGGCAUGGGCCCGUCCAAGCUGUUCAUCAAUGGCGAAAUGCUGAGCCACCAACAGAAAGAGACCAAGGACAGUAUGACGUUCUUCUUGGGAGUGCACGAGGAGCACCGAUUUCAGUAUGAGUUUUGUUCCGAAAAGUCAUACGAGAUUGUCGUAGAAACGGUCCCAUCCCAAGUGAACAAUUCUGAGCUCUCCCUUCUGCAAGGUCAGAUCUCUGCCCACUUGGGCCUAGUGUAUCAGGAAGAGAUGGAGGCGAGUCUGUAUGAUGAAGCGAUAUCCCUGGCCAAGGAGGCUGACCUUGCGAUAUGUUUCGUCGGCAAUACAGUGCAGUGGGAGACAGAGGGCCAAGACCUCCAGUCCAUGUGUCUUCCGGCCAAUGGGUCACAGGAUCGCCUUGUUGCAGGAGUGGCUAGGGCAAACCCCAAUACCAUUGUCGUGAUCACCACCGGUGUACCUGUGGAACUUCCCUGGAUUGACGAUGUUGCCGCAUUGAUGCAGGGUUGGUAUGCGGGUCAGGAGACUGGCAAUUCUAUUCUUGAUGUCAUACUCGGAGACGUUAACCCAAGCGGCAAACUGCCUGUGUCAUGGCCCAAAAAAUACGAGCACACAGCUUGCUACGGGAAUUUUGGUCUCGACAGCUACGAGUCGCGCCAAGUCGAGUAUGUCGAGGGUGUCAACGUCGGAUAUCGACAUUUUGACCACCACUACGAUACCGAGAAGGAAGUGCGAUUUCCAUUUGGGUUUGGGCUUGGCUAUACAUCCUUCGAUAUCUUGGACGUCAAAGUCGCGGGACAAUUAGUAAACUGCCCAAUCGACACAAUAGUUGUUCUUGUCACGAUCAGAAACACAGGUUCAAGGAUUGGAUCACAGGUGAUUCAAGUCUAUCUUUCGCCGCCGCAUGCGAGCAAAGACAACAGCCGGCCACGUAAAGCCUUGGUCGCUUUCGAGAAGGUAAAGUUACACCCCGGUGAGGAAAAAGCUGUUGAGAUGGGGUUCGGUAGAGAUGCAGCAGCGUAUUGGGACGAUCGGUCAAAGGAUGAGGGAGGUUACUGCUGGAGAGUUGAGAAGGGAGUACACGAGAUCGCAGUUGGGACUAGUUCGCGUCCAUCCGACUUGGCCAUCGUACUUAGCCUAGAGAUUCCCGAGGAGUUUUCUUUUGGACCGUAG